AUGACUAACGUGAGUGAUAUCGGUCGAAGAAAUGCGAAAACACAAAAGAGGGGAAGAAACGCUACGCUUCAGACGUGUUCAAAACGUAGAAAGAAGUUGGUAAAUAAGGAGAUGGAUGAGGAAUCAACGUUUGACGCUACAGAUUUAACACUAUCCAGCUACAAAAAGCAACUAAUCGAACUUGCUGAUAAAGAUCCAAAAUUUUACAAAUUUCUUAAAGAACAGGAAUCUGACUUAUUACAUUUUGAUGAGUCGGAUUCAGAUGUGGAAGAAGAUCCACAUCAUGAAAGAGCUGAUAACGAAAGUAAAAAAUCUGAAGAGAACGAAAGCCUAAACAGGGAUUCAACAGGGCGGAAAGUAAUCGAUAUGGAUUUUGUAACUAAUUUACAAAAUUCAUUUUUGCAAAAGGAGCGGUUAGAACUUCCAGUAAUUCAUCAGAUGGUUGCUGCAUUUACAGCAUGUGUGGCACGUGUUGGUGCCGAUAUUGAACCACCAUGUUAUGUGAUUAAUGAUAGUAACGUGUUUGAAAGAGUUGUACGAUUGUGCUUCACAUAUCUAGGCAAAUCUUUGCUUACAUUAAUGGAUUAUAUCAAGUCCAAAGCAGAUGAUGAAUCAGAUUCAAAAUUCAAAAAAGCUAGAAAAUAUACGAAAAAACAAUACCGAUGUUGGAAAAAGCAUGGUAAUUUAAUAAAAAGCUAUCUUCAUGCUCUCUUACAGUUUUUGAACGAAAUCCAGACAUCAGGUGUCACUGUAUGUACAUUGCGUGCAGUCACUGACUUGCUCGAAUUAUACAUUCAUUUCCCGAAGCUUACUCGAAGUCUUGCAAAGUUGUAUUUGAAGAAUGAUAUUCGAUUAAGAACAUUAAUUGAUCUUCAGGCAAUAAUUAAAAUUUGGAGCCGUCGUACGGACGAAUGUCGUAUUGCAGCUUUCUUAGCCCUGUCUAAACUGAUCAGGAUACAUAAAGAUAGUUUUCCUACAAUAAUCAAGCGAUGUUAUUUGGAAUAUGUAAUGAAUGUUCGAGAUGUAAAAGCAGAAUCAUGGUUUCUGAUUAUACUUAUGCAAAAAUCUUUUGCCGAACUAUGCAUGACAUAUCCAGAAAUAGCAUAUCAAUAUACAUUUGUGUAUAUAAGGCAAAUGGCAAUACAUCUGAGGAAUGCAAUGAUAGCUAAACGAAAGGACCUUAUUCAAACUGUUUACAAUUGGCAAUUCAUGCAGUGCUUAUAUUUGUGGAGUCAUGUAAUUGCUAAAGCUCAUAGUCAUAUUUCCAACAAAAAGGAGGAUGCUGCUGGAAUCAAGGAACUUGAUUAUCCAUUAUGUCAGAUUGCGAUCUCCACAAUGAAACUUUUUCCAUCGUUGAAAUAUUUCCCACUACGACUGCACUGCCUCCGAAUACUACUCAUUAUACAACAGAAUUGUCACACUUAUAUUCCAACUUUAUCACUGGCUGUUGAGUUACUGUCUGACGCACUUCUAAUGCUGAAGAAGAAACCUAUCAAAGGAAAAGAAAUGCAGAAAAACAUCGAUAUGAGAUGUACGCUUAAGGUUUCCGCAGCACAUAUUGAUGAUGCUGGAUUUCGUGAAGCAGCUUUAGAAGAAUUAUUUAGAAUACAUCUUGAAGCAGCUCACAUCGUGCAACAUAGUUUUGCUUUCGCGGACAUUGUUAUUCCCAUAAAUCAUGAGAUCAAAGUAUUCGUCAAAAAUUGUCGUAAUACAGAGUUUUCGCGACUUUUCAAAUCGUUGGAAACAAAGUUACAGGAGCAGACUGCUUAUGCAAGAGGGAUUUUGAACAGUACCGAUGUAGAUUUAACCAAUGAAUCAUUAGUUAAACACUUGGAGAGACGCUUCCAAGCUGCAGAUGCUCCGUUAACAAAAUUUUAUGAUUCAUGGCAAAAGAUGUGGAAGCUGAAAGAGGAUGCAAAAAAUCUGAUGGAUACAAAACGUGUGCAGCAGCCAUCUCACUCAAAUCCUGAACAGGAUACCACGCCGGCAAUGAAAAUGAAAAUAGCAGUUGUGACGAAAGCUGAUAAAGUAGGAAUUAAAAUGAACAAUGUAAGGCGAACAAUGCAGAAACCUGAGAGAAGUAAUUUGAUUAAUGAAGGUGACGAAGAUGUUCUGGAAGAUUUAAUGCUUUCUGAUGCUGAAGAUUGA